GGACAGGCUAGCCACUUUGGGGGCUGACUUAAAUGUGUAUGUGUGCCUGUGUUUUAAGACUGUGUGGUUGCAGUCCAAAUGUUUGUGUGUAUGCGUGUGUGUUUAAGGCUGAGUGUGGUUGCAGCUCAAGAUUUAUGCCUUCGUUUGGAGCAAAGGGGCAAGAAAUAAGGAAUGGAAAGUGACAUGGGCUGUGAAGCAAACAUCGAAUCUUAGGUGUGCGAAGACUCAGAAACAAAGACCUGCCUUCUUUCUUCAUCUGGGAGGACGGAUUGGCAUCGUGCAUAGGCUCUGUUUGGGUAUUUUUUCCCCCUUUGGAAGCGACUGUUUCUAACCCAAGCACGGGACGGAGCCAGUGCUACAGUCAUCCCAGUGGCUGGAGUCUGAAUGAAAGCUGAAUGUCAAUGAAGCUGGGUCUUAGCGGGGAGGGACCGUAGCCAGCCCAUAGAGGCAGACUGAUGAUGGGAGUCCGAGGACGGCACGUUCUUUUCUUCCUCCCCCACCUCGCAGCUCUGCUAAGGAACCCAUGCCUAAGGCUUGAACGACCACCAAUUGUUCUCUCGGGGUAGCCACAGAAGGCACGUCUCCCCGCUCGCGGGGAGUGGGGGACCAUUCCUCUUAUUGCAGAGGGCGGCGGACCCCGGGGCUCUGAGGCGCCAGUCUGAUCCGCGAUUGGCAUCUGCUUGGAUUUGGUGCAGCUCCGGGUGGCGGAGUCCCGUCGGGGCUCGCCCGCACCUGCCGCGCGAGAAGGCUCUGCAGCCGGGAUGCGCCUCGUAGCCCGCCGCCGCCGCCCGGGACCCGGGUCUGCCCCUGCUGCUGGGAGGCAGUGCCCGCGGUGUUAGGGCGCAGCUGGGUAGGGGCCCCUCCGCCGAAGCUUGGCAGGCGCAGCCGUCGGGGGCAGGCAGACUCUAGGAAGCGACGGCCACAUGUGCUGGGAAGCAGCGGCCACAGCUCGGACUUAUAGCUCGGGACUCAGCUCUCCUCCCUGACCCCGGCGCCUUUCCUGUUUUGGGAAGCCCCGAUCCCCUCCUGCAAGCUCCGCCCUCCUCCACCCUCCUUUCCUUCGGCUGGCUGCAGCGCCCGCUUUUGUGCCUGCGGCUACUCCCCUUAGCAAGCGGCGACGCCCGGAACAGGACUAAUACCCCGGGCUCAAAAGCGUUGCUCUUUUCCCUGCCUCCUCUGGAAGCUUUUUGUCCCCAUCAGGCCGCCGUGCUGCGCGGCAGGAGAGUGUGUGUGUGAGUGUGUGUUGAGAGCGCGUGGCACAAGGGGGAGGGGCGGCGGUUGAGAUGGGCGAGACCAUGUCCAAGAGGCUGAAGCUCCAUUUGGGAGGGGAAGCAGAGAUGGAGGAGCGGGCCUUCCCCAACCCCUUCGCGGACUACGAAUCCGCCUCCGCCGUGGCAAUUGCCGCCGGCGUCGCUACCGAAGAGCCUCCCCCACCUGUCGGGAAUGAUCUGGGCCUCCCAUUUCACGGCGAUGGGAAGAUCAACUCCAGUUUUACAAAGAGGAUCCAGACCAAAAUCAAGGACCUCCUGCAACAGAUGGAGGAAGGCCUGAAGACUGCAGAUCCUCAUGACUGUUCUGCAUACACUGGCUGGACAGGCAUAGCCCUCCUGUACCUGCAGCUGUACCGUGUCACUUCAGACCAGGCCUACCUGCUGCGAUCCCUGGAUUACGUGAAGAGAACACUUCGUAAUCUCAGUGGCCGUAGGGUCACUUUUCUCUGUGGGGAUGCGGGGCCCCUUGCUGUGGGUGCUGUGGUGUACCACAAGCUAAAGAGUGACAGCGAGUCCAGAGAGUGCAUCACAAAACUUUUACAGCUACAGAAAACAGUUGUAAGUCCAGACUCAGACCUUCCAGAUGAACUCCUUUAUGGACGGGCAGGUUACCUAUAUGCCUUACUGUACUUGAAUACAGAGAUUGGUCCAAACACAGUGUCUGAAACAACUGUCAAAGAGGUAGUAAAUGCUAUCAUCGAAUCAGGUAAAAAUUUAUCUAAGGAAGAACGCAAAACCGAACGCUGCCCACUGUUAUUCCAGUGGCACAGGAAGCAGUAUGUUGGAGCAGCUCAUGGUGUGGCUGGAAUCUACUAUAUGUUAAUGCAGCCAGUAUCAAAUGUGGACCAGGAAACCUUGACAGAGUUGGUGAAACCAAGUGUUGAUUAUGUGCGACAUAAAAAAUUCCGAUCUGGAAAUUACCCAUCAUCAUUAAGCAACGAAACGGAUAGAUUAGUCCAUUGGUGCCAUGGUGCCCCAGGGGUUAUACAUAUGCUUCUACAAGCCUAUAAGGUCUUUAAGGAGGACAAAUAUUUGAAGGAUGCUAUGGAAUGUAGUGAUGUCAUCUGGCAGAGAGGCUUACUCCGGAAAGGAUACGGAAUCUGCCACGGGACAGCAGGAAAUGGCUACUCCUUCUUAUCCCUCUACCAUCUCACUCAGGAUAAAAAGUACCUCUACAGAGCAUGUAAGUUUGCAGAAUGGUGUUUAGAUUAUGGAGCACAUGGGUGUCGUAUUCCUGACAGACCCUACUCACUCUUUGAAGGUAUGGGCGGCGCUAUUCACUUUCUGUCAGAUAUCCUGGUUCCAGAGACAUCCCGCUUUCCAGCAUUUGAACUUGGCCCUCCACAGAGGGAAAAAAGGGUAGAAAAAGACAGCUAAAAACAUCCCUUUGUACCAAAAGCAACACAACUGUUUAGUGCCUGAGACAGAACCAACUUGGGAUCUUAAAGAAGUCGGCAUCCACUCUCACCCCUUUGUCCAGAGGACCAUGAAAAGCAUGAAUGAAGGAAACCACCACAUUGGUGUUUUGUUGCAGCAUCAUUGUCAGUUGUGUAAAAUAUGGAUUCUUUAAACUCAUUUGCCAUUCUUCCCUUCAGGCUCUUUCUGGUGUUUGCAUGUUUCUUGGUGUUGUCCGUAGUCGGUGUGAGUUUGUUGUUCUGUUCAGAAAUAGAGCUGUUCGGUUUGUGUGAAUUCUGAUCCUGCCCUCGCAUGAGUGUUAAUAGCAGCAACACACACACCAUCUCUAAUGAAUAAAGUGGCACUUCCGCCCUGUUUACAUCAAAGGAGAACGGCAAAUGCAUACUGACGUCCAUUUAGCUUAGAAUCUUUGAACUUUAUUAAUGUGACUGUUUCCUUCCUCCUCCCUGCUUCCCCACGUUUUCUCUGGGCACUUUUCAUUUGAGCAGUAUUUUCUCAUGACUAUCAUGAGAGAAAGGCAUCUCCAAGAAUUUAAAAUUAGCACCAGUAGGUAGAGGGUGGGCCUAGUGAAGAAUUCUUUGGAAACUCCUCAUAAAGCAGUUGACAAUUUUCCAUGUAUGCACUUACGUCUCUGUAUUUUUAGGAGUUACUUGGGCUAACUUGUGGCUCUCUUUCCCCUCCUCCAGCCCCCAGUGACAUACCCCAGUUUUUAGUAGAGAAUUCACACACCUUUAAUGCAAUUCUCAAAUUUUAUUUGUAGUAAUAGCAAUGGCUCUGGUUCCCAAGGCUGUCUUCUGUUAAAUUAAAUUUAUGUUGUGUAAGGCAGCAUCUUAAAGAGGAGCCUGCACCAGAACAUCUGCGUAGUUAGUACCAACAUCUGAUUGUUCGUAAUUCAGGAACAGGAACAUGUUCUGAAAAUAGGCAUUAUUAAAGCAGUCUACACUUGAGCCUCAAGAAUUAAUGAAUUUCAUAACCUGUUAUAAUGAUGAGAGCAGUGAAUGGAAUUUCACUUGAAUAUUCAAAGGAAAACAUUAAUUAAACCAUCGUGGUGACCCUGUAAUUAAAAUGUUUCAGAAACAAUAAUCCAUUUGUAGUCUUACAAUGAAAAUUAUUUGAUGAAGUUUUGAGUGCUCUCAUUUCAUGAGCUAGAUUUAAUACUGUUUAUUCACAUGCAGACCUGAUUCUCUAUAAUUUUUCUAUAAUGCAAAUGUAGAAUAUUUUGACAAUAUCAUUGCCUUUAUAUUACCAGAAGAAAAUUGAGGCAGUAUUAUUGAGUUUUUUUAAAAAUCUGCUACUAAUUUGGCUAACAUCUCAAAAAUUCCAUUUGGUAAUUUCUAUUUCCCAUCCAUUGGGAGACGAGAUCCACCUUAGUUCCUCACAGAUAAUACAAGGAAAUCACGUAACCUUUCUGAUGUUUGCCAAGGUAGAAUGUUCUGAAUUUUGAAGUGCAAUAUAAUUUUUUUGAUGAUCCGCCCCACCAUUACCAGGAACAACCUAUACAAGUGCUUUCUUCCCUACUUUUGAAUUUUAUUUUUUAAAUGGAAAAUAAUAUACAUUUCAGUUUAAAUUUAAUUUCCUGCCUUGUACUAUUACCAAAGGAUUCCUGAGCCAUGUUAACAGGAAUCAUAAGCCACAACUGUAAUUGCUGAAUGGAUAGGCCUCAGCUUACAAAUCAGUUUUUAAAAUUUGUAGAAAUCCUCAGAGAAGCAAGGUGCCCUAUAAUUUUCAAAUUAUCAUUCUUCUUGUCAUUGCAGUAUUUUGUUCAAGUCAUUGACUUUUUUCUUAAAACAAUGUACCAACAUACAAUCUCAUCAGGAUUCAGACUAAUAGUUUGCUGUCAUGAAUGAUCUAAGAGGAGUUUUCUGCAAAAUAAAACACGUCAUGUAGAUGUGUUUUCCAGUUCACUGUAGACUACCAGCCCAUCAGUGGCCACAAAUUGCAGGACUUGCUGGUGAUCUCCCACCACCUAUAUGUCUUUUUUGGGCCCAGCUCCAUCGACAGUAAUAGCUGUGAUCUGGAUAGAAGACUGACCAUCUCUGGAACGACCUUUCUGUCCUCCUCUCGGUGGACCAGUGAGAAGGGAAAUGGAGUGGAAUCACUGUAGGUACACCCAAAAUGAAAUCCUUGCCAAGACGAAGAGACAUUCCCCUAAUGAUGUUGGUUAUGAUAGAGAUCUCCAGACUAGCACCCAAGGUUCAGUCUAACUGGAUUUUUAGGCUUGUUCAUUUCCAUUUAUUUUGAAAACUAGCUGUUAGGACUUUGGGGCUAGCCAGGUGAGGUAGAAUAAUUAUGUUUAUCUCAGGUUAACAACAAAAAUAAAUAUUUGCUGAAAGAAUGACUAUCCCCAAAGAGCUGAUGUGGACAAGUUUUCAAUAUAGUGAAAAUUAAUAUACUUCCAGGGUUUUGUUUGGGGAGGAAGGGGGAGGGAAUUGCCAAUAUUCACACUCUUGCAUAGUAAAGUGGUGAGUGGCUAUGUAAUUUUUCGUUUACUCCCAAUUCCCUGUGUCUUCUAACAUGGAUAUUUGUCAGCAUUUGCCACAAAUUAAUUGGAAGGCAAGUAGACAAGACCAUUUGCUUCAAAGGGUAGGUCAUUUAAAGAGUUAAAUUUAGUAGUUAGUGAUGGGAGUUUGUACUGACUCCUAAAAUUUCAGCAUCUCCAUUUCAUUGGUGAAGAUACGGCUUUUAUGGGGUUCACAGCUAUGUAACACCAAUGCUCUAAAUGCUUUAAGUGCAUUAUACUGUUUGAAAAUUAGGGAAAACUAUGAUGUCUACUAAAGUGCUGGCUUGGGAUUAUUUGGUUUCAUUAGUAAAAAUACUUUUUGUGUGUGGU